GUCUUUGUCAUAUCACACGGCUCUGUAUCACUGGACAGCUUUAUAUGACCUCAUCGCAUUGAACCAACAUGGUCAAUACGACUUAACACAACAGGCAUCAAUAAAAUACAAAUUGGUGAAAUUUGACUAUCAAAUGUUCAGACAACGACGUAAAGUAUUUAAAUUAAAAACAAGUCACUAUGAAUUCUCCAAAUAGCAGUCAGGCCAGAAACGACAGCCCAGAAAAAGGAUAUAACCUUGACAUUCCAGACGAAGUCACUGAACUAAUCCAAACAAUAUGUUUCGUCUACAUCUUCCCCGUUGUCUCGGUUUUUGGUAUUUUGGCCAACUCAAUGAACAUGUGCAUCUACUACAAGCAUGGCAUGAGCGAGUCAGUCAACAUCAGCUUUUUAACUUUAGCAUUCACUGACCUAGCUGGACUAGUAUGUUGUCUUUGGUAUGGUAUCGGUAUAAGUCCACUGUUGGCUUCAAGAAAAGAUCUUGGUUUCGACUCUAUGGACGUAGCUUUUAUAACUGGAGUCAUGUGGACAUUUUCUUGGCUGUUUGAAACUCUUAAUUCUACUACAAGUAUUUUUACCUACUACAACAUGAGUACAAAGUAUAAAGACACGUUUAGAGGAAUGAUACAUUCUUUUCAUGGCACUCCAGUUGAAUACAUUUAUCCACAAUCAGAUAAAACAUCUGAAGUAAGCGAUACAUAUGAUGAAUCAAGUGAUGGUCUUCCAAAAUCACUUUCUCCAGAAGAGGAAGAAGCUAGAUGGGCCAAACUGAAGGAAGCUGGAGCCUUGAGUUUGAAAUAG